UACUUGUUUCCACGACAUGCUAUACCAGUGAAACUAAUGUGUGCAAAAUAUAAAUAUAUGCAAAGAAUAAUUAAUUAAUAAAUAACAUGUAACGAUAACGAAAUAAAUAAGAUUAUUCGUAAUACUUGACAAGGAUAUUUGUGUAUCGUGAAGUCUAAUCCAGUAAUCGGUUUUGGUAUUAUUAGUGAGAUAAGGGCGGCAGUUCCUUAGUGUCGGUUAGAGGCUGGCCAUCAUGGUGCGUGUGGUGUGUCUGCUCGCCUUACUGGUCGGGGUGGUGAUAACAGUCACCGCUUCACCCUUUGAGCUGAAUAUAAUACACUACAACGACUUCCACGCGCAUUUCGAGGAAGUGAGUCCGAAUGGCGGCGUGUGCGAUCCUACGGUCAGCCCAUGCAUCGGCGGGUUCGCUCGGCUGUACACCGCUAUCCACGAGGCGCUGGAGGUGGAGCCUGACUCCCUGCUCCUCAACGGAGGAGACACCUUCCAGGGGACCAUCUGGUACAACUACUUCGCAUGGAACGUCAGCCAGCACUUUAUGAAUAUGCUGCCGCAUGAUGCUCAUGUGCUUGGCAACCACGAGUUCGACCACGAUAUUGAAGGCCUACUGCCGUACUUAGAGCGUCUGAAGGCCCCCAUGUUGGGCGCCAACGUCAACACGACGCUGGAGCCCAGCAUAGCUCCCUACGUCAAGAACCACAUCAUAGUGACAAGGCACGGACGACAGAUAGGCAUCAUUGGUGUUCUACUUAAACAGUUCUCCGCGCCGAUUGGCCAAGUCAUAAUGGAGGAUGAGCUGGAGGCAGUUAACCGCGAGGCCGCGAUCCUGAGCGACAAGGGAGUCGACAUCAUCAUACUGCUGUCACAUAUAGGAUACACUAGUGAUAUAGCACUAGCUAGGGUCAUGUCUCCAGCAGUGGACAUCAUAGUGGGCGGACAUUCCCACACGUUGCUAUACACGGGGGACACGCCCAACGGUGACAAUGCACUCGGAGAGUACCCUACCAUCGUUGAACAGACUAAUGGACAUAAGAUCCUGAUCGUGCAAGCGUCGUGCUACACGCGCUACCUCGGUAACAUCAAGCUGUACUUCGACAGCGCGGGCGAGCUGCAACACCACGAGGGUCUGCCCAUCUUCCUCGGCACGUCUAUUGUACCAGACCCCAGGAUCGUGAGUCUCCUAGAACCCUGGAAGCAGGAGCUGGAGGAGUUCUCGAAGGAGGUGCUGGCUGUGUCCCGCGUGACCCUCAACAGCUUCUGUUCCGCCGGAGAGUGUUCACUCGGCAGCUUAGCAUGCGACGGAUUCUUAGAAGAGGUUAUGGACCGCGCUAAAGCCGACAACUGGAACUAUGCACACGUCUGUCUGAUCAACACCGGAGGACUCCGGAUUAACAUCAACCCUGGAAACAUUACUACGGAGGGCCUGAUGAUGGCGAUGCCGUUUGAGAACGAGGUGCUGGUGUACGAUCUGAAGGGCGAGUACCUUCUGGAGGCCCUCGAGUUCUCCGUCGGCGUGUCCUGGACCAACAGCUUCUCCAGUGGACGCAUGCUACAGAUCGGCGGUAUGCGCAACGUAUACAACGCGUCGGAGCCGGUGGGUUCCCGCGUGCAGGCCUCGGUGCGUUGUAUCGACUGCGCCGUCCCGCGCUACGAGCCGCUCGACCGCAACGCCACCUACCGCGUCGUGUCGCAGAGCUACAUCGGAGAUGGCGGGGGAGGGUACACGAUGAUAAGCAACAAUAAGGAAAGCGAGGCGACCCUAGACAUCGACUACGUGAUGCUGCAGAGGUACUUACGAAGGCAGAAGGUCGUCAUGAAGGACCUCGACGGAAGGAUCAGAAUCGUUUACUGAGAACCGCUUGUGAUAUUAUGAAAAUUUACUUUCAAAAAUAAUUUAUAUAAUAAAAACGUCUUCAGAAGAUGAUUCAUGUUAAGCUUUUCAUAUCGGUGGGAAGUUAUCGCAACCAGUACAAUACUCGUAGUAAAUAUAUUUUUCAAGCCAUUGUUAUUAA